AGUUUAAAUUGUAGAUUUCAGGUGAUAUCUCUCAGUUAGCAUUGACUUUAACAAUGGACGCGCAAGAAAUGAACUUAACCAGAGUAAAAUUUGCUGUGGUAGCUUUGGGCACCAACAUGUUACAAUUGCUUUUUGAAAAAUAUGAGGAUUUUCAACUACGUGCAAAAAUUCAAGCAAAGUUGAGUAUAAGAAAAUUCCAGCCCGGCUCUAUGGGUUUUAAGCAGCUCUACGAUUUAUGCACUUGUGGAUUUUUGAGAAAAGCAGUUCCGACUGAGCCGUGGGAGAUUUCUGGUGUUAAACCAGGAGACAUCUCUUUAGGUGAUGACAUAAAACGAUUAAAAUGGUUAUUUGAUUUUCUUCCCACUAUAGAAACAGACUUACUGAGCUACAAAAGUCACCAUGAAGAAAUAUGUAAAAUGUUCAAAGACAUAAUAAAACGGUUUUCGAAUUGUGAACAAAUUGACUGCACAGAAAUUUUCAACAAUAUAAUGAAUGAAAAUAACAUUGAAGAACUUAGGAGAAAUAUUGACGAUAUUUUACAUGGUGAAAGAAAGGCCGGGGAUGUUCUGCAAAGGUAUACAGGCAGCGCGCCAUCACCCACACCAAAUCCACAGCCCAAAAAGUAUCAAUGGCGUGCUAAAAACACUCCUCCUCCUCAGACGGAGCAUUUACCUCAAAAUGAAUGUUCGAAACCAAGCCCUAGUGUGCCAUCAGAACUACAUGUAGUUCAAACACGAAACAAUGCUUUACAAAGGACAGAACAUAACACAGCACUGAAGAAAACAUUUCCAGAACAUUUUACAGAUGAAACAAAAAUAUAUCAGCGGAAAGGAGAAACCCGUUCUUCUAAGCUACCUCAAUUUAUGAAAAGCCAGAUAUACUUCGAUUUUGUGCCUCCUUCUCUUAAUCACUUUGAGUAUACCAUGAAAGAACUAGCAGGCAUUGAAAAGUCCAUAAACCGAGCAUUGGAAUCGGAAAGUUUUCCAACAACUGUAUCAAAAUACUUAUCAUUCACGUUCAUUUAUGGAAAUCAUUUGGAUAUGACCGAGGCAUCACUCAAAUUAUUUAAUGCAGAACCAGAGGAUAUGAAGAAUGAAGCAAACCGAAGUAAAAUAGUUGUAAUUUUUUUAGAUAAAGAAGUAACAUUUGAAACUUUAGAGGAAAUAACAAAAAAUACAAGAAAGCUUGAAACGAGAAGAGGGAGUAUUUUCUUGGUUGUUCAAUCCAGUCAAUUGCUUAAGGAUCAAUCUCGUCUAAAGAACAUUCUGAAAGGGUGUUUUGAAAAACAAUUAAGAAUAAUAGAUUUUAAUACUGAAAUGAAAACUCUGUUCGACAAAUUUUCUGAAGUAAAAGAUAGGGUAAUACUUUGUGUGAAGAAAAUGCUAAAGGAUGCAAAGUUAAACUGCAAAGAUGGGAAGAAAUUGGACGUCAUUGAGCAGAGACUUUUAAAACUUUGUCAGAGAGAAAACAAGGAACGACGACAAAGCAACUCAAACAUGAAAAAGGAAUCCUUGAAUGUUAUGGAUCCGUCAUUUUUAAGCUUAAAAGACAAAGGACUUAGAGGAUACACAUUAGAAGAUGAUACUCUUCUCAUGUUUUUCAAGCACCGCUCAUGUAUUACCGAGGACUCCAUCCCACCGAGUAUCAAGGAAGCGUAUCCAAGUUUUAAAAUAAUCGAAAUUAAGCAUCGCCGACCUCUAUUUACGUUACAUCAUAGGACAAAGUCUGGAGAAAAAUUAUACCCUUGGAGAAACAAAAAUAGCUAUGGAAGUGUUGGAAUGUUUUGUAAUAUUCGAGAUAAAUGCAAUGAAAAUGGUUUUCCAAUGCAAUACUGUAUCGCUAGUCCCCAUGUUAUAUCUUCUGGUCAAAGAGCUUAUAUUUUAAAUGAAAGAAUAGAACUUGGAAAAUGUGAGUGGCCACAGCCUGCAGAAGAAUAUUUAGUAAAUGUGCAAGACAUUUCUGUUAUUAGGUUAAAUCAGGGUAUUCAAAUAGACAGGAACUUAGGUGGUCAGGUUUUGCGCUUUCGAGGAGAUCGCAGUGUUCUAGAUAGAAGAAAAGUGAUAAAGUUUGGUGCCUCCACGAAGAAAACUAUAGGGUAUGUAAGUAAUGUCGAAUUUGUUCUAAUGUUAGAACCGCCAAUAAAUGUGUACCUGAUUGAACCAGACGAUACAAGUGACAAAGAAAACAGGUUUUCAUUGCCUGGAGACAGUGGAGCAAUUGUUCUUACCAAAUUUGGCCAAAACUUUGAAGCUGUUUCUAUGAUAUUCGGUGGUGUUGACAAAAUCCAAGAUGUUGCAACUAAUAAUUCAAUUGCCGUUGACUUAAAUGAUGCUUUAAACAAUUAUGAGAACUCAGCCAACAAAAUUGUAGAACUUGAUACAGUAUAAUGCAUAAUA